AAUCCAGAGUCCAACCAACUACCAUACCGAAAAAACGUUGGGGAAGCUGGUGGAGCCUGUAUUGGUGUUUUGGAUCUACUCAUAAAAGCAACAAGCGGAUUGGUCAUGCUGUCCUUGUUCCUGAACCUGUUGCACCAGCAGGUCCAGCUGCUACUGUGCCGCCAAAUCCUUCAACCACCAUUGUAAUGCCAUUCAUUGUCCCUCCAUCUUCUCCUGCAUCUUUUCUCCAAUCUGAUCCACCUUCCGCUACUCAUUCGCCGGCUGGAUUGCUCUCUCUCACAGUCAAUUCUUACUCAUCUGGUGGACCUGCAUCCAUUUUUACCAUAGGUCCUUAUGCCUACGAGACACAAUUAGUUUCACCCCCUGUAUUUUCAAAUUUUACAACCGAACCAUCAACUGCUUCUUUUACUCCCCCACCUGAAUCAGUGCAGAUGACAACACCAUCAUCUCCUGAGGUUCCAUUUGCUCAGUUGUUAGCGUCGUCACUCGACCGGGCUCGUAAAAAUAAUGGGAUUCAAAAGUUUGCAUUACACAAUUAUGAAUUUCAGCCUUAUCAACAACAUCCUGGGAGCCCAGGUGGCCAACUCAUAUCACCUGGAUCAGCAAUUUCAACAUCCGGAACCUGUACUCCUUACCCCGAGAAACGCCCAACUCUUGAGUUCUACAAGGGAGAAUCACCAAGGAUAUUGGGCUUUGAACACUUCUCUUCUCGAAAAUGGAGUUCAAGGGUGGGUUCUGGAUCCUUGACACCAGAUGGUACAGGGCAAGGUUCAAGAUUAGGUUCGGGAUCUUUGACACCUGAUGGUGCGGGUCUGGCCUCAAGACUUGGAUCUGGAUGUGCAACACCUGAUGGUUUGGGGCAGGAUUCAAGGUUGGGUUCUGGCUCUUUGACCCCUGAUAGUGCUGGACCAACCACUAAAUGCAGCAUCUAUGUGCAAAACCAGAUUUCCGAGGUAGCAUCCCUUGCAAACUCAGAGAAUGUACAUCAAAGUAAUGCACCAUUAGUCGAUCACAGAGUCUCAUUCGAACUAACCGGGGAAGAAAUCGCAAGAUGCCUUGCCAAUAAAACAGGUGCAUUGCUUCGAAACGUGUCUCAGUCUUCACAGGGUAUACUAGCCAAAGAAACCAUUGACAGAGAAAGCAUACAAAAAGACAGCAUUAGUUGUUGUGAUGUGUGUUCAGGGAAAACGAACUAUAACCCCAACAGUCCUCUAGGAGAAGAACGGCAGUGCUGUCAGAAGCAUCAAUCCGUUAAUUCUUCCAAAGAAUUCAAUUUUGACAACAGGAAAGGUGAUGUUUCUGCUAAUGCUGCCAAGGAAGGUAGAUCAGCCAACAGCUGGGCUUUCUUCCCACUGUUACAACCAGAAAUCUGAGGACUUAGUUAAUUGCAGCAUGACUUGACAUGUAUGAUUCAAGACAAAAAGGAUUUUUAAUAUCUAUGCAGGACUUAGUUCGCUGAAUCCAUAUCUGAGGACUUUGUUUCACAAUGCAGUUGGUUCAGCCUUUGAGGAAAUGGUGAUAAUUGGAUGGGUGAGUGAGACACAGAAGAGGGAAAACCAAAAAAGAAAAACAAAACUAAAGUUGGUAUUAUUGUCCUUUAAGACCCAAGGGGGAGCAUAGUUGGUAGGUAGGGACCUAGUAGAAAGAAUUCUAAAUUCUCAUAGAUCAUUGGUUAUGGACAUUUCCUCGUUUCAAGCAUACAGAAAUAGCAAAAUACAGGUACUUCAUGUUGUGAAUUCUUGUAUCAUUCCACGUGCAAUAAUGAAAUAGGUAACUUUUUUGUUGGCACUUGGAUCAUGGAUAUAACCUGCAUAUUUCUUUCGAAUUUCUACUUUGAUGCCUGCAUCCUUUUCGUGCAUUGGUGGUGGGGGCACUUUUCUAGGUUCUAGUAAGUGGGUUCCCCAUGCAUCUCUGUUUUCUCCACAUGUUAACUUCUUACAUGGAUCUGUAAUUAUGUACUUAUGUACCAUUUAAAUCAAGACUUGUGUGAUUUGAAGUUUGAACAUAA